AUGGAAGCUUUUGCGCAAAGGUGUGUAUCUAGAUGGUCCAUUACACUUAAUGCUCGUUACUCCGAUACUCCUCAGAAGAAGUCUAAGCUUGCUCCAUUGCAGGAGAGACGAAUGAUAGACCAGUGUAAGAUAUUUGCAAAAGCAGGUGAUGGAGGUAAUGGUUGCUCCAGCUUGCGCAAGGGAAAGCCUGAUGGUGGUAAUGGGGGGAGGGGUGGUGACGUGAUUCUGGAAUGCUCUCCCAGAGUUUGGGACUUCAGUGGCUUACAGCGUCACCUUAUAGCCGAGAAAGGAGGACCUGGAUCAUCAAAAAAGCUGAUAGGUAGCAGGGGUGCUGAUAAGGUUGCCCGCGUGCCCAUCGGAACUGUACUUCAUCUUGUUAAUGGUGAUCGUCCUUCCAUUGUCAAAACUCAAUCCUCGACUGAUGUAGACCCUUGGGAGAUUCCUGGGGCACUUGUUGAUGAUCUUCGUGACCCUGGCUAUGGUCAUGCCUCUAGUGUCACAAGUGGGAAAGUCGAAGCAAUACAUUCUAUUGGCUGCUCCUCAGCACAAACUGAAGAAACAAAUGCUAAGAAAUCUGAAAAAUCAAGACAAGUUGCAUCAACAGAUGUAUUCUCUCAACUCUCUACUUCUAAUGGAGCUCCCGAAUUUUGUAGAGAGGAUAUAGAAGGGAACCAAGAGAUACUAUACAAUGUUGCUGAGUUAACAGAAGAAGGUCAACAAAUUGUCAUUGCUCGUGGAGGAGAGGGUGGUCUGGGCAAUGUGUCUUGUUCCAAAGAUUCCAGGAAAUAUGUGACUAUGAAGGCAGGGGCAUGUCAACACAUACCUAAUCUUCAGGACUCUGACAGUGUCCACUCCUCUCUGAAUGCAGGUUCACCUGGUUCUGAGACCGUUCUAAUAUUAGAACUCAAGAGUAUUGCUGAUGUGAGCUUUGUGGGAAUGCCUAAUGCUGGUAAAAGUACUUUACUUGGGGCUAUAUCAAGGGCUAAGCCUGCUAUUGGUGACUAUGCGUUUACUACUCUUAGGCCAAAUUUGGGGAAUCUAAACUAUGAUGAUUUCUCAAUAACCGUGGCUGAUAUUCCUGGACUUAUAAAAGGUGCACAUCAAAAUCGUGGACUCGGGCAUGCAUUUCUACGCCACAUAGAACGCACAAAGGUUCUUGCUUAUGUGGUAGACUUGGCUGCUGCUUUAAAUGGAAGAAAGGGAAUUCCACCAUGGGAACAGCUGAGAGACUUAAUUCUAGAGCUAGAGUACCAUCAGGAUGGUUUGUCCAAUCGGCCAUCUCUGAUAGUUGCAAAUAAGAUUGAUGAGGAAGGUGCAGAUGAAGUGUAUAAAGAAUUAAAGAGAAGGGUACAAGGUGUUCCCGUAUAUCCUGUAUGUGCUGUUUUGGGUGAAGGCAUAGCAGAUCUGAAAGAUGGCCUUAAAAUGCUUGUCAAUGCCGAAAUGUCAUAUAAACUUUGUCUAGAUCAAAUUUUGCUCGCUUAG